AGUCGCGGGUUGUCAGGACGGUCGCCGGCCGAGAGGGGCGAGCAGCGACGCCGGGGAGCUGCGGCCCGGGGCCCGCGGGAGGAUGAGCGCGCAGAGGACGCGGGGCUGCCGGAGGCGCAGGUAACGAAGCCGGGUGCGGUGGGGCCGCGGCGCGACUUCUUCCGAGACCGGCGCUUCGGAAUGGAGAGGACCCCGGCGACGCCGAACCGCAGCUCCUAGCGGCGGGGCCGCUGCCCGCCCUGCAGCUGCUGGCGAGGAUGUGUGCAGCGCGCGAGGCGGUGGGGAGCUGAGCGCCUUCGGGCCCCAGGACCCCCGGGGUCCGAGAUGAGUUAGCGGGGCGGCCGCGGGGCCAGUUCCUGCUGCUGCAGGCCGAGGCGACGGCCGCUGCCCGCCCGCCCCUUCCGUGCAGAAGCCGUUAGCUCCCCUCCGCGGCCGCCUGCCGCGCGCCUGGCCCUGGAGACCAUGAGGUUCCGUAUCUACAAGCGGAAGGUGCUGAUCCUGACGCUCGUGGUGGCCGCCUGCGGCUUCGUCCUCUGGAACAGCAAUGGGCGACAAAGGAAGACCGAGGCCCUCGCCCCGCCGCUGCUGGACGCCGAGCCCGCGCGGGGUGCGGGCGGCCGGGGCGGGGACCAUCCCAUCGGGUCGGUGGGUCUCCGCCGCGUCUCCAACGAGUCAGCCGCCCCGCUCGUCCCCGCGGCCCCGCAGCCCGAGGCGGACAACCUGACGCUGCGGUACCGGUCCCUGGUCUACCAGCUGAACUUUGACCAGACGCUGAGGAAUGUGGAGAAGGCCGGCUCCUGGCCGCCCCGGGAGCUGGUGCUGGUGGUCCAGGUGCAUAACCGACCCGAAUACCUCAGAUUGCUGCUGGACUCACUUCGAAAAGCCCAGGGCGUGGAUAACGUCCUCGUCAUCUUUAGCCAUGACUUUUGGUCGACAGAGAUCAAUCAGUUGAUCGCUGGGGUGGAUUUCUGUCCGGUCCUGCAGGUAUUCUUUCCUUUCAGCAUUCAGUUGUACCCCAACGAGUUUCCGGGCAGUGACCCCAGAGAUUGCCCCAGAGACCUGGAGAAGAAAGCAGCUCUGAAGAUGGGCUGCAUUAAUGCUGAGUAUCCCGACUCCUUCGGCCAUUAUAGAGAGGCCAAGUUCUCGCAAACCAAACACCAUUGGUGGUGGAAGCUGCAUUUUGUAUGGGAGCGAGUCAAAGUUCUUCGAGACUAUGCUGGGCUCAUUCUUUUCCUGGAGGAGGAUCACUAUGUAGCCCCAGACUUUUACCAUGUCGUAAAAAAGAUGUGGAAAUUAAAACAGCAAGAGUGUCCUGAAUGUGAUGUUCUCUCCUUGGGGUCCUAUACUGCCAGUGGCAGUUUCUAUGGCAUUGCUGAUAAGGUAGAUGUGAAAACGUGGAAAUCCACUGAGCACAAUAUGGGUCUAGCCUUGACCCGGGAUGCAUAUCAGAAGCUGAUCCAGUGCACAGACACUUUCUGUACUUACGAUGAUUAUAACUGGGACUGGACUCUUCAAUAUUUGACUGUCUCUUGUCUUCCAAAAUUCUGGAAAGUGCUGGUUCCUCAAGUUCCUAGGAUUUUUCAUGCUGGAGACUGUGGUAUGCACCACAAGAAAAUCUGUAGACCAUCUACCCAGAGUGCCCAAAUUGAGUCACUCUUAAAUAAUAACAAACAGUACCUGUUUCCUGAAACUCUAAUCGUUGGUCAGAAAUUUCAUAUGACAGCCCUUUCAGCACCUAGGAAAAAUGGAGGGUGGGGAGACAUUAGGGACCAUGAACUCUGUAAAAGUUAUAGAAGACUGCAGUGAAAAUUCACAAUUAAAAAAGCAAAGGUGACAGUCUUCUAUUUUUGAUAUUUCUUCAAACAGGAUAUUCAAUCAAAUAAAAGGAUUAGAAACAGG